UUUCUUGCGUAUAUAUAAGUAUAAACCCUCUCUUUCUCCAUAGACGCGCUGAUCAAGGAAACAGUAGCGAGCGAGAGAGAUAGAGAGAAAAGAAGCACCGCAAAGAUGAUAAUUCCAGUUCGUUGUUUUACAUGUGGCAAGGUGAUUGGCAACAAAUGGGACACGUAUCUGGAUCUUCUUCAGGCCGAUUACUCCGAAGGAGAUGCUCUUGAUGCAUUGGGUUUGGUCCGUUAUUGCUGCAGGCGUAUGCUCAUGACUCAUGUUGAUCUUAUUGAGAAGCUUUUGAACUACAACACACUGGAGAGAAGUGAGGGCAGCUGAAGCAAACCAUGGACAUGGAACUACAAGGCACCUGAAAACAACUGGGAGUGUUAGAAAUUUUCCCCAAAUGUUAAUGAUUUUUGGACUUAUUAUGCUUGUAAACCUAUUUACUAAUUGUGAUAGAAUGGUGCGAGAAACUCUUCUAAUCAUUUUACAUA